AUGUCGUCAGUUUCCUCCAGUGAGCCUUCAGAGAAACUGCUGUCACAGGUGGUGCUGGGCAUCUCCCUGUCCUCCCUCAUCCUUCUGACCAUCAGUGGCAAUGUGCUGGUGUGCCUGGCUGUCUGUGCCUCGCGGCGCCUCCGCUGCCUCACCAACUGCUUUAUAGUGUCGCUGGCCAUCACAGACCUGCUGCUCGGCCUCUUGGUCCUGCCUUUCUCUGCCCUCAGCCUGCUCUCUGACGAGUGGCUGCUGGGCCCGGACUUCUGCAACCUCUACAUCUGCAUGGACGUCAUGCUGUGCACUGCUUCCAUCCUUAACCUGCUGGCCAUCAGCGUGGACCGCUACCUGGCUGUGACCAUGCCCCUUAGAUACGCCUCUGUCGUUUUGCCAUGGCGAGUUGCUAUGGUGAUGGCAUGUGUGUGGACAGUCUCCAUUGCAGUGUCCUUUUUGCCCAUCCAAAUGGGCUGGAACACCCCAGACGGGAAAGUGCAGAACCAUAGGCCUGAAGAUUCAGACAAGGAGUGUAAAUUUGAGCUUAACAGACCCUAUGUGCUCAUCGACUCUCUUUUCACCUUCUACCUCCCUCUGGUGGCCAUGUGCUGGACUUACCUCCGGAUACUGCGCAUCGCACGGGCACAGGCUAAGCGCAUAAUCAGUGCCCGUCCUGCAUGCACCACCACCAGCUACACCCGCAGAAACAACUCUCCCACCAGAACUACUGUAGUCUCCAGUGUUACAGCAGUGGCUCUGAGGGAACACAAAGCCACAGUGACACUGGCAGCAGUGAUAGGGGCCUUUGUGGUGUGCUGGCUGCCCUAUUUCAUCAUGUUCACAGUGAUGGGGCUGCGAGAGCAGUUAGAGCAGGGAACACUAUAUUCUGUUGUGCUGUGGCUGGGUUACGCCAACUCAGCCCUCAACCCCGUUCUCUACGCUGCCCUCAACAGGGACUUCAGGUCAGCUUAUGCUCGCCUACUAAAAUGUCGAUGCCCUAGUUACAAUGGGUGGAGGACCCGACAGCCAUCUCCCACAGUAACAGCAGCCGGACAGGAGCUUACAGAGGUAACGUUGCUGUGUGGCCAUACCCCUACCACCUGCAGGGCAGGCCAGGCAGACAAAGACUUAAUGUUACAGGAAGUGAGCAGCAGCUCAACAACAGCCACCGUCCAACUUGCAAAUGGUACUGCUACCACAGAUCUCAAUGGCAGUGAAAGGUUCUGCUGA